AUGUCCUCAGCUGCAGGUCUGGCGACAUCAUCCAGCAACCGUUCAUCAGCCGGCGGAAACGCUGGUUCGAAUCAACAGGACGACGAAGACGUUGAUCUCGUGGUCGACGGUGACGAUGUCGCCGAGUUCGGGCCAUCUCAGUAUUCCGAGGCCGACGUGGUCGCGCCGCGUAUGGACGGGACGCCGAGGGAGCAAAAGGAGAGAGACGCCCUACGGGAAGCCGUGAUCUCGCCGAACGCGCCGAAUUCGAUACACCCGUCGCAGACGCCCGAACAAGUGGGUCAGGGGAUGGUCGAGGUGAAGCCUGAACCAGGAACGAUGACACCUCUGGGUCAGAGCGAGCAAGGCGAGGGCAUAGCGUCUUCGCCCAGAAGAGACGGGGACACGCCGGUCAUCGAGGCACUCAGAGGAAGAAUCCGGGAACUCGAGGCGGAAAUGCGCGGUCAACCGUUCAAGUGUCUCAUUUGUAUGGAACAAUAUAAGAAACCUGUAACUUCUGUUUGCUGCUGGCAUGUACAUUGUGAGCAAUGUUGGUUACACACACUGGGUGCGAAAAAGCUCUGUCCGCAAUGCAACAUGAUAACAUCGCCUUCAGAUUUACGGCGUAUCUACAUGUGAAGGAGGUUUUGUGCCAAACAAGACAUCGUUAAACCAGACGUUGUUCGUAAAAAACUCGACGCGUUCUAAACGCCCGAAUACCUGUAUAUAAUUGUAUAUAUUUAUGCGUCACGUUAAAUUAACUCUUUUAGACUUACCAUGCACUGUUACGUAAUGUAGCAUUAUACGGUAAAAGCUAAGCGUAAACGGCGCGCGUGAAUAACGUCUCGAUCGUAGCUUCCUUUAGUUCUUCUCGGGCGGUGUACGAUUUUCAUCCAGUAAAUUGACAAUUCCAUUCGUUUCUCCGUAUUUUGUAAGUAUACUGGCGGCUAAGCUCGUUACCCAAUUACGUAUAAUAGUCACGUAACUAUCGUGUAUUAUUAUUAGCAAACGGAGCACCUUCCCCUAAUCACCGAUGAAUGUAUAUUAUUUAACAGGGUAAUUAUAUAUUAGAGUUGAGAAUCGUCUGACAGCAUGAGAACGGUUACAAUGUUUACGAAAUCAGUAUUUCUAUCAUUUCAUUGUAAUUCCAUCGAAUCAUUUCUUGUGCACAUAUAUAGGUAUGUGCGGUUUUCAAAUCGUUGCACACUUUUCCCCCCGUAAGGUCGUGCGGUUCGAGUAGUUCAGCGAAACUUUACGGAGUAGUUAUGAGGAGACACCGUUAACACGUUGACCGCCACGAGAAUAUUGCGCGUUUUGUAUAAUAUUACUUUGUAAUAAAGGUAGACGGUAUUAGAAUUAAUUAUUAAUGAUUUGGUAUCGUAGUUCGUAAGUUACACUAUUAUUUGGUUACUUAUGUUACUAAAUAAUUCGAUUCAACAUCGGUUUCCUUCUUGUUAAUUGUUUUCAAGUAAUAUGGAAGCUCCGGUCAUCGGUGACUAUGGCAGUCAACGUGUUAGAGAAGCGAAUCAUUGUCGCUUCUCGCCUGAGAGUAGACAUUCGAGUGAACGAGACGUUACGGUAUAAAUAAUAAAUAUGUUUGAUCGAACAAACACGCGACAUAUUUUGUCUCAUUUUAUCAACACGUGAUCAUGCUGUUUCACUCGUUCAAUUCGCGAAUCAGACUUGAACUACGCGUUUACCCUCCAUAAGGUCUCGCUGAGCGCAUGCAGGGAAGAUCAUAAUCUCGCGAACGAUAAAGUGGGGCAAGUUAUGCAGCGUAUCUAUGUGAAAGGUGACACAGGAAUAGAAUUCGGAUACUACGGAAGUCGCGAAAGCGCGACCUUACAGGGGGAACACUGUACUUUCUACGUAUUCUGUAGCAAAUACGUUCUUUUCGGCAAUCCUUCGUAAUAAAAGGAUUUCUAGAGCGCCGAUUGCCUUCAGUGUAGUCAAAUUUCAGACAUGACAUCGAAUCGGACACGAAUCGAGGAGUAUUCGCGCGUACCUGAAAUUUUCAGUGUGACUUUAAGAAACUACCAUCUACCUUGAAUUCGCUGUUUCGUCGAAUUUCACAGUUUCUUUAGUAUUUUUUUCUCGUUAAACGUUUAGGUCUGGAAUCCGUCACGUUCGACGUGGAAAUGCUUGUACGCGUAUACGGAAUGUCCUCGAAUGAAUAAUAUAUUAUUCAAGAUCAGGUGAUGCUACAUAAAUAUCAUGUAUUAUGACACUUUCUGGUACAGGGAUUCGUUUUAAAAGAAAUCAGUUCUAUAUCAUCGGAUAGUACAACGUCUGUUGAUUAUUCGUUAUUUCUACUUGCAGUAAACAUCGGUAUUGGUGGUGUUCUCUCAUCUUCGCUGUCCUUCGACUGUCAGUGUAUUUAACGAUUAAGAAGAAAAGAAAACAAAAACAUAAUACCCACUUCAGCAUUUAGAAAUGCGAACGCAAGUGGAGGUAAUCUAUAAUGGACAGACACACGAGUUAAAUGGUGCUUGAUUGCAUACAUAGUCAAAGAAUCUUCAUCUUCGAUUUAUUCGAAAACGAACCGUCGUAGUAAUCAUUUUUAUCGCUCGUUUCAACACUGUUUUCGCACGUGUAUUUGUUAAUUUGUAAAUCGUGACCAAACGUUCGGUACCGUUCUAUUUAAUGAAUAUUUUAGAAACUUCUGUUCGCGAUGUUUCGUGAUGCAGCGGAACCGAAAAGUAUCACGGAAUUAAUCCAUUUUAUCACAUGAACGAUCAUUACGCGGAACAUAUGCAUUUUAUUUUUAGAAUUCGUUAUUUUUUCUUACAUAGUUCGUAAUGAUCCUAAUUUUUACACGGAAGAUAAAACGAGCAGUAGGCAAGUGUAUUAAUUACGAUUUUAAUAGUGAAUUCUGUGUACACUUAUUGUGUAUCGCGCAUUACGCAUUAUAAAUCGAGUUCGACCGAAAAUUCUCGCACGGAGAGCGAGUCUUUUUCAUUUCGUGAAAUUCGUUUCUAGAGAGAUUCCAAUUAGAAACGAGGUUCAUAAGUAAACUAGUAUGAUACAGGAAGAUCGUGAACGAAUAACACGAUAACACUGAAUCCGUUCAAACAGAAUCAUGACAAACGAUAGAUAAUUCCCUCUCGAUAACGAAUCUCUCGGUUUUUGUUAGAAUCAAUCACGCAAAUUACGUUUACUCUUCAUCGUUUUUAUGUACAUAAUUACUUAAGAAUCGAGACAAACGUUGUUUUAGUUGGGUGAACCAGAUCGCUGAUGAAAAUGGUACCUAAAAAACGGGAUGAAAGGAAAAAGAGAAUGGCAUUAACCCCUUGUCCUAUGAUUUCCUUCACAACUGUACUUAAUAAAACUACUUUAUCCAGUAAAACUACUUUUCUACCAAACCAACAAUUCAUUACUGAUAACGAUUAAUAAUUUAGUAGUAAAAGAAAAGAAAUUGUCCUAUGAUUUCUCUCACAGCUAUACUUAAUAGAACUACUUUAUCCGUUAAAACUACUUUUCUAUUAAACUAAUCGAUUAAUAAUAACAAUUAAUACUUCAGCAGAAAGAGAAAAGAAUUUGACGCUCAUUCUAUGUACGUUUACUUUAAAAAUCAAAGAUCGAUAACAGCCAAGCGAUACCUCGCUCGCACAAGAAAUAUAUAAACGGCAUUUAGAUUUACCGGAUUCGAUUGGAAAUCUUGAUCACCAGUCUGGCUCGAUAUUAUAGGAGAAAGGGUUAAAUAAGGAGGACCAAUUCGUUUGUAAUCUUCAUUUGUCGCGAUUGUUAUCCGAUUUGCAAUCCUUUCGGCGAUGCUGUCUGUUCGUUUGUUCGACGACAACGCGCCUGGAAGGACACUCGAGUCGAGCAGCAGCCGUUCGUUGAAUCUGCCGCGGAAAUCGGCUACGUUGAAAGUGGAUUUAUCAGAUUUCGGUGUUCGCGGUCGUCGUUCGUCGAUAGAAAUGAUACGCACGGAAAUCAUUUCCAUCCGAUCAUUCAAGGGAUUUUAGGAUCCGUUCGAUCCGAUUCCGAUUUCCAACAUUGCGUCGCGCCGGUUUUCCGUGCAUAUCGAAACGAUUCUUGCAACUUGUUGUCCGUAACACGUACUAUCCAGAUGCAUUUUUGCGUUAUCAAUACUCUCUCGUCUUAGGAUUAAAUAAGCAUCUUGAAUCUGUCGGAUUGCCGUGGGGGAAAGGGACGAAACGGAUUCUCCGCGAACAUUCCUUGCGCUAAGCUCUAACGCGAGACCGUCUCUCUCCCUGUCUCUCUCUCUCUCUUCCCACCCUCUCUGCCCCUCUCUUUCUUCCCCUCUACCACUUUUUCACCCUCUCUCUUUCUCUCUCUCUCUCUGUCCCUUUCCCCCCCGCGCGUUCGGAAAUCUUAGAUCGACUAAUCGUCCCUUAGCGCACGUCGGGGACGUUCUUGUAAAUACACGAGCUGAAACAAGAGAACGGAAAAAUCAACUGCCUGAUGUGAGCGUUGUUCUGUAACCGAAAUAAAAUCAUCAUGGAAUGUAAAGCAAAUGUCUACCAAAAAUUAUUUCUUUUUCUGCGUGUUGCCAUCCUUUCGUUCAGAGACUCUGUCGGCGGGGAAGUAUUGGUGUUGUGGUCUACACGCAAUCCAGGAAGUAUUCAGAUGAAGGAAAUUCAAGCAUUUAGGAUUUUGGGAUAAUAGGAUUUUAG